GUUUCCGACGCCAUUACCACCACCACCACCACCGCUCAUCUGCCACCACCACCGUUCUCUCUCUUUCGCCGCCACCACCACCACCCUCUCUUUCUGUAUCUCUUUUGCUACCGCCACCACCGUUCUCUCUCCCUCUCCUGUCUCCCAUCGUUUGCUCCCUCAGAUGGGAAUGGGUGGGUCGAAGAACGCAGCAGAGGAGACGACAUUGGCCGGCCAACGACGCCCGCUCUUCAGGCUGCGGCGGAGGCGGCGCAUAAUCAAGACGCUCAGCACCAUCUCCACGCAGGAGCUCCUCGUCGUGACCGACACCGGCAGCCUCAAGGACUACGCCUCCUCCCCAUCCCACUCCUUGAUCGACCCCCUCGACAGGAGCCUCUCCAUGCCGACCGUAUCACCACCGAUGGAAGCCGCACAGGCGUGCUCCGCAGGGGAGAUCAAGGAUGAAACGCGGACGCCGGAGACGAAGGAAAUGGAAGGCCGGGAGUCUGCCGUGAGAAGAAACGAUAGUGAAGGUGAUCGUGAUCAGAUCGUCGGCAAGGGGGGGCCGAUAAGGGAAUCAUGCGGCGAUGGAAAGGAGAUGCUGUCUCCUGAUCACCGCCAUGACAAGGAAGCGAGGGAGAAGGAGGAGGAAGCACAGAAAGAGGAGGAGGAAGAGGAAGAGGAAGAGCAAGAGGAAGGUGGAUGGGUGCUUGGGUUAGGUGAUCUGCCUGGUUCUCCCAGCUUUAGAGAGUACUGCCGUUUCUCAAUUCCCGACCCCGACGACAGCAGUGAAGAUGGAAAAUAUAGCCUUGACGAUGCAGAGCCAUCUGUGACCAAUGGAAGCAUUAAUUCGGCAGCAUCCGACGCUACGAGCCCGGCGAAGCCAUCGAAUCGGUCGGUCAAGGAAAGGUUUAGGAGGCUUCGGAUCCUGGCGAGAGGACCUAUCGCCAUCUCGAACCUACUGAGCAUGAGCAUGAGUUCUUGCUACAACCACACCCCGAGGACGAGUGGCGAAGUCCGCCUCCUUUCCAUCAAGUCCGGCUCUUAGAUGCUCCCACGUAAGCAAAGAAGGGUUAUUUCGGGAAACCUGCUUGCAUCAGGCAAAAGAACAAAAAAGGUCCUACACUUUGCGGGAUUUGCAGAUGCCUGCCCAUUUGACAUUAAUUUUCUGUCGACUUAGAAAACGCCCUUUUGCGGGUAAUUUCUUGGUACCCGGACAUUCAGGUAGGUUUUUGCACUUUGCCCCCUCAAUGUAUACGGACAGAAAGAAAAGAUGGUUCCCCUUCUCUUCGUCUUAGUCGGUCGGAUGUAUAACUUGUGUAUCUAAAUUUGUUUAACCUAAAAAAAUUGU